GUUCUUAUACUUAAGGGUCUCAAGCAGGAGGUCAGUUGCCUCUGCCCCUCCCCAGAUGGGUUGCAUUUGGCUGUUGGUUAUGAAGAUGGAUCAAUCCGUGUCUUCAGCCUCCUAAGUGGAGAAGUAAAUAUCACUUUCAAUGGACACAAGGCGGCAGUUACAACCCUGCAGUAUGACCAUCUGGGUGGCCGGCUGGUAUCUGGCUCAAAGGAUACAGAUGUCAUCGUGUGGGAUGUCAUCAAUGAGAGCGGUCUUUACCGGCUGAGAGGACACAAGGAUGCUGUCACACAAGUCCUUUUCUUGAAGGAAAAGAACCUGCUAGUCACCAGCGGCAAAGACACAUUGGUGAAAUGGUGGGAUCUGGACACCCAGCACUGUUUCAAAACUCUGGUUGGACACCGUACUGAGGUUUGGGGAAUGGCUUUGAUAUCUGAAGAGAAGCGUCUAAUCACUGGGAGUGCUGACAGUGAGCUGAGGGUGUGGGAUAUCACUUACAUCCAGGAGGGAAAAGACCCUGAUGAGCCAGAAUCCAAGAAAAGCAAAGGGUCUUCAUCUGGAGCAGAAGAAAACACUGAAGAGGAUGAGACCCUAGAGCUGGAUGAGCGCCUUGUGAAGUGCAGCAGAGUUGGAUCCAUCAUGCGGGAAGGGAGAGAUCGAGUAGUUACUCUUGCCACAGACCAAACAGGCAAGAUUUUGGCUUGCCAUGGAACAGAUGCUGUUCUGGAAGUGUUCUCUGUCCUUUCUGAAGAGGAAGUCCAAAAGAAAUUGGAAAAGAAAAUGAAGAAAGCAAAGAAAAAAGCCAAACAGAACUCUGAAGAGGAGCCUGAAAGGAGUGUGGAGCUGAGCCUGCAGGAGGAGAUUCAGCGGGUCACUAACAUCAGAGCUUCUUCUAAGAUCAAGUCAUUUGACUUGAUUCUCUCUCCAAAAGGAGAGCUGAAGAUCGUGCUGCUGCUCCAGAACAACAUCAUUGAGUCAUACAACCUGAACCUGUCAGCACAAGUCCCACAGGCUGUCCGUGCAUCCAGGAUAACCAUAGGAGGCCACCGCAGUGAUGUCAGGACAUUGGCUUUUAGCUCUGACAACAUUGCUAUUCUCUCAGCAGCUGCGGAGUCUGUAAAGAUUUGGAACAGAUCGACCUUGCAGUGCAUCAGGACAAUGGACUGCGAGUAUGCACUCUGCUCACUCUUUGUCCCAGGAGAUCGGCAGGUCAUCAUUGGCACCAAGACAGGGAAGCUGCAGCUGUAUGACCUGGCUUCUGGAAGUUUGAUGGAGACACUUAACGCUCACGAUGGGGCAGUGUGGUCCAUUGCACUUUCACCAGACCAGCGUGGCUUUGUGACAGGAGGUGCUGAUAAAUGUGUCAAGUUUUGGGAGUUUGAGCUUGUGAAGGAUGAGAGCAGUGUUCAGAAAAGGCUUUCCAUGAAACAUGUGCGCAUUUUGCAGCUGGAUGAAGAUGUUCUCUGUGUGCGGUACAGCCCCAAACAGACACUGCUGGCUGUCUCCUUACUGGAUUGCACUGUGAAGAUUUUCUAUGUUGACACACUCAAGUUUUUCCUCUCUUUGUAUGGACACAAGCUGCCAGUGCUGUGUAUGGACAUCUCCUAUGAUGGGACUCUAAUUGCGACAGGCUCUGCUGACAGGAGUGUGAAGAUUUGGGGCUUGGAUUUCGGGGACUGUCACCGCUCUCUUUUUGCCCAUGAUGACAGUGUGAUGUAUCUGCAGUUUGUGGCAAAAUCCCAUCUCUUCUUCACAGCUGGGAAGGACAGCAAGAUUAAGCAGUGGGAUGCAGAUAAAUUUGAGCAUAUCCAGACACUGGAGGGGCAUCACCAGGAGGUGUGGUGUUUGGCACUUAGUCCCAAUGGAGACUAUGUGGUGUCAGCAUCCCAUGACAAGUCGCUGCGGCUCUGGGAAAGGACGAGGGAGCCACUUGUUUUGGAAGAGGAGAGGGAGAUGCAACGAGAAGCUGAAUAUGAAGAGAGUGUGGCGAAGGAGGACCAGCCUGUGGUGGCUGGAGAGACGCAAGGAGAGACUGGGCUGGCAGGAAAGAAGACUAUUGAAACCAUCAAAGCGGCUGAGCGGAUCAUGGAAGCUAUCGAGCUGUACAGGGAAGAGAUGGCAAAACUACAGGAACACAAGGCCAUAUGCAAAGCUGCAGGAAAAGAG